UUACGUCCCAGGGAGCUAACGGAAGAGAUAAUGUUGUUGUGGUAAUGGAUCUGAAGGCUGGCAAACAUCUUGUGGCCCCAGCAAUCAAUAAUAUCAGUUGCUCGAACAAUCGCUUCGCCGGAAGUUUUUUCGCCCAAAUCGGGCCGCUCGACGUUCUGCAGGCGCUCUUCAUCGUGUUCCUGACAUUUCUGGUGAUCAGUGCCAAUCUGAUGGUCAUCGUCGUCAUCAACAGCCGGAGGUACGCAGCUUACAUUCAUCCGCAGCCUCGGUAUCUUCUGACCUCGCUGGCCCUGAACGAUCUGGCCAUCGGAGUGCUCAUCAUCCCGUUCGGGGCACUUCCUGCCUUAUUCCAUUGCUGGCCUUACGGGGAGAUUUUCUGUCAGAUACAGGCUUUACUACGGGGAGCGUUAUCGCAACAAAGUGCAGUUAUUCUAGUUUGUAUGGCAGUUGAUCGGUAUUUGUGUGUGCUGCAUCCCGAGAUUUAUCACAAGAGAUCCAGCAAAAAGUUACCUACUCCACACACAAAGGAUGAAACAUUGCUGCAGUUGCUGCUGCAUGUAAAAACGGUUAUCGGAAUGCUGCUGCUUCUUCGAAUCUACAAAAUUCUUCCGAUUCCGUGGGGCUCCAGCAUUACCGGGAAACAAGAGCCCGAGUUUUGCCAAGAACCCGAUACCCGAGUAUAUCUAGCACGCGUUAGCAUACUCUGUGCCAACGAGAUACUAGCCGAAGGUACUGUUUUCACUGUUCCCGAAUCCGACUCCGAAGAAGUUUCGGAUGCUGUUCUACCAUCAGUUUUCAUUUCCGUGCGUCCACGUUUUGUGCGGUCCGAUGAAACCUUUGAAAAAGCUUGCUCUUUAUCGCCUAUCGCAACGUCCAGCUCCUCCACAUCUUGUUCUGCAAUUGUUUCCACAUCUUCUCCCAAACUAGGAGCUUUUUCCUCGUCUCCAAUCCGGUUCCCUCCAUCACUGGUGCACUGUAUCGAAUCAUUUUGGAUUGCUUUUGUUGUAAUAUCCGAUGUGUUCCGAGCGCACGAUUCACCGGGGACUUCAUUUUUCAACAAAGGCUUCGGCAUGGAAGGAUCUUUGAAGAGUAAACCAAACAACCAAAAUCCUAAGCCGGAAGUUGCUUGUCCGAUCGUUGGCAUCAAGGUCGGACUCGGGGUGUUCACCAUCGAAGCGGCAAACGAGGCUACAUCAUGCGCUACGCCACUGCCACCGCUGACGCCGCCCCUUCCACCACCCUUCAGCUCAUCGCGAGCGAUCGCUAUCCUCAAUGCCGCCUACAAAGUGUUGUCCCGAACCCUACUUCACCGCAUAACGCAAAAAGAUCCGUCGGAAGUCACCAGGCUGGCUUCAUGGAGGGACGGUCUGCGACGAAUCAGAACUUCACACUACGGAAAAUCAUCCAAAAAUGCCGUGAACACCGUAAAAAUCAUGGCCGAGAACGGCUUCUCCGGGAAGCUGAGCCGACUGAUUAAGGCUACGAUGGUUGGAACGCAGCGCUGUUUUUCGGAGAUGGAGCAGCGCCUGAACGGGUCCACAUCCCGCACGAUGGCGGCAAUAUCAUUAGGUUUUAUAGUGAUCAUCACCCCCUGGACGAUACAGGAGAUCGUGGCCACGUGUACGGGAUCGAAGAUACCACCUUCGAUAGACUUCUGCGUCACAUGGAUAGCUUUAAGUAGUAGCUUUUGGAAUCCCUUCCUGUACUGGCUGCUGAAUGCGAGAUUUCGAAGAAUCUGCAAGGAUCUUCUCACGUCAAAGUGCAUCAGCAGCCAAACUUCGCUGGAGGAAAAGUACAGCAUGAGUCUGGAGUACGAUCAUCAGCUGCUUUCGGGAGCACUGCCACUUCCGCCGGGACCUCCACCGGCCACGAUUUGCCGCUCGGCUAACCACACGCCCCGGACCGAAUACGAGCUGGGCUCGGCCAAGUACUGGGGAAACAUCCUGGAGCGAACCUUCAGCACCGGCAGUAUGAAUGCCAUUCACCACAGUACCUCAUCCGGAUCGUACCAUCAACAACAACAACAGCAAGGACAUCCGAUGACCCUGCAUCGGCACCAUCAUCGGCAACAUCGUCAACAUCAGCAGCAACAGCAACAGCACCACCAUCAAAAUGGGAACAGCAUCCUGCACAAAUCGACCCUAUCGAUUGGGAAAGAACUUCACGCCGGGAUGACGAGAUCUGAGAGUUCAGAAUUUACGGUAGUUUUUCCGACUACGAACUCCGACCCUCAGAUGUCUUCCUGUGAGCAUGAACUGCACGAUAUCAACUGUGCCAAGAAUCAAGCUUUUUUCGUUGGGUUCAACCAUCACCAGACGCUACCUGAUAUCUAGUAUUGCAGGAAACGGAAACCGGGAGGGUAAAAUAUUCUGAAACAAUGCGAUAUGAGGUUUUUACCUACUAGAUAAGUGUUUUGUAUGAAAUCUCAUGGAUGCAUAUAUAUAGGGUAGCAAAUUUUCAAAUGAAAUUUGAAUUAUCGUCAAUCAACUUCCAUUAAGAGUUUUAAAAAUACAUUGAGAUUAUUGUAUGACCUGCCCUGCGAUCACCUAUGCUUAUGUUUACCUGAACUGUCGUAUCUGACUACAUUAUUAUUUCAAUAAUCGCAGAUGAAGGGGAGGAUUAUUUGAAAAAUUUACAAGAUCAAGAUUUCUUUUUCACAGUCUCCGAAUCCCGGCUGAUUUAUUGGGCCAAAAAUUAAACAGUUUCUUACAUGAAGUUAAAAGAGGUCAUUAAGCUUACUCGGUAGACUAAGGUUGCCAGAAUUUUUUCAGCAUGUAUCCGGGCCGGACAAACCGGGUAUAAAAAUUAAAAAACUGGCAAAAUCCGGGCAUUCGAUUUUUAAUUGACGACCAUAAAUCCGGGCAAUAUCCGGGCAAAUUUUGUCAAAACUCAGAAAUUUCUCAGCGAAAACCAAUAAAAUAAAAUGAAAAAAAAACUUAUCGAUAGAUUUUGAACCGUAUUUCAGGCUUCCAAAGGACCUUUCAUGAUUAAUUAAAAAAAAACUUGCUCAAAAAAUUUCAUUUUGAAGGUGUUUGUUGUUUUUUAUUGUUUAAUUUGCCAAAUAAAGUGAAUAAACCCGGGCAAAGUCUGGGCAUUUUUCAAUAAAAUUCGGGCAACCGGGCCUGGUCGGACUGUUCUUAAAUUUAGUAUUGAAUAUCCGGGCGAACCCGGAUAAAGCCGGGCAAUCUGGCAACCUUACGGUAGACGCAACUUUUGGAUCACUUCUUGCGCAUUCGAAGUUUUCGUCGGAUAGAUGAACACAAACUUCGUGAAAACAUCAACCACCAGGAACUUGUAACGCUUCUCUUUCACGUCAAUAGUUAUGUUUUAUUUAUUAAUGCAAGUAAUAAUUCACAUUUACGGAUCGUAUUUCAAAGCCACCGCUUCUCGCCAGUUUGCGCCUCUUGGUCCAUGAGGUCAAUUGUUACCAGUAACAAUGUACCCCCUACGCCAUAAAGUUCCCAGAUAGACAUUGACCAGGGCUACUGACCAUGAUUCCCACCUCGAUUUAGCACCAAACGAUUUAGCACUAAAUAUCCUUUAAUAUUGGGAGGUCUAAGGCAAUACUCAAUGUCAAAUCACUCCUACAGCAACGACCUUGCAUCUUCACGGCUCAAGGUCUGACCUCUCCUCUAUCGGCCCAGGGUCCGACCUAUCCUCGUUUUGGCUUGAGAUUCGCAGCUUAUCCUGGACACGUCUGACACAGCACACGCUCGGGACUUAACGUAAAUACUCGGAUGAUUCCCUACGAAGACGUUAUCCAACUCCACCUCAAAUGACUCAUCUGGCGUCCAGAGUUACUCUACAUGGAGGGUAUUCCCCGUACCGUGAAAUACCAAUUUCCCAACGAUAUUCACUGCGAAGAAUGUAUUAGCUUAUUCCCACCGCACAGAUACUCUCCGCCAGUGGAGUUAUCCUACUAGGCACACAUCGUAUGUCCCGAGAUUCAAUAUGCAGAAGAUGUUGUCUUAUCUGUUUAGCCUCUACUCGACGGCGGUGGGACAUUCUCUACCGGUUCGUGGGCGAUAAGUGUAGUUCUCUCGGCAGUACACCUGCAAUCUCUGGACCACGAUGAGGUGGAACUACUUCCCGGAACACAUUCAUCGGUUUCAGAUAAUCGAAUGCUACCACGCCUUUCAAAAUCAAACGAAGCAAUCCUUCGGUUUUGCUUUUUUUUUCUCUCCGCAAGAAUGCACUGCACUCAUCACUCAAUCUGUUUUUUUAUCUUCGCACUCAGUUGAUAAAAGUGGUAAUCUCUUGAUCACCUCUUCAAGCUAUUGUACACCAAAAUAACCGUUCUUGUGCCCUCUCGUUGGAUAUAUUCGAAUUGUAAUUCACUUUUCAGCCGUCUACCACUUUCAUCAGAACAUCUCCAUUUACCAAAUAAUCGAAAACUCUUGAGUUGUUCCUCUGUGCCCUUUUUAACAUUUACACGACUGGGUUCACUUGCAGUUAGCAUAAGGUUGCCAGAAUUUUUUUCACUACCAUCCGGGCCUAGCAAUUCCGGGCAUUUUUUCAAAAAAACCUGGCAAAAUCCGGGCAUGGAUUUUAAUUUUUCAAAUCCAAAAACCGGGCAAAAACCGGGCAAAAUUUAGGUGUUAUUAUAAAUAAAAGCAAAAAAAUGCAAACAAAAAUCGAAAUUAAUAUUUUAUUAAUGUAAUUGCAGACUUCCAACAACUUUUUGGAACACUUAAAUAUUUAAAGGUUUAUAAAGUAAAUCAGCGAAAUUAUUUAAAACAACCGUUGAAAAUUUCCAUACCGAUAAUCGUUUUUGCUGAAACGUACUCAAAAACUUUGAUUUUUUUUUGGUUUCUUUGUGAAAAUUGUGAAAAAAUCCGGGCAAUAUCCGGACUUUUUUCACGAUAUCCGGGCAACCGGGCCGGACCGGACUUUCUCGAAAUUGUGCAUCAAAUAUCCGGGCAAACCCGGAUAAAACCGGGCAAUCUGGCAAGCUUAAGUUAGCAUCUUUGGCGCUCGGCUCAGCGCAUCAAUAUGCUUCAUUUGGUUACCAGAACAACGCCACACAAUCAUUCACAAUUUUAUCUUAGCAGGUACAUCACUCUCGACUAAGCGUAUCGCUGCCAAGUACUUCCAGGUGAUAUGCACUGUAAUUCUUAUCGUUACGUUCUGGGAUAAAAUCAACCGUCGUCGCAUUUCUAUAGAAGCACUGCUCCGAAACCUUCCAAUCCAUUCAUUUGUGCUGACGAAACUAUAGACGAUGAGCUGACCAACGGAUCCAUUUCCUUAAGUUUCAACUGGACAUCGGGAUGCACCAUUCCUGCCAAUUAGGAAGUUCUGUACUCUGGCCACAAACGACCGUCUGCCAAGACCUCCACCAAGAUGGUCGAUCGGGGAGUUCAACACAAUGCUGGAUGAACUCACUAACGAACUCACAGGAAGGGCCCAUGUAGUGAUAGGAGGAGACUUCAACGCUUGGGCGGUAAACUGGGGUAGUAGGUUCAACAACCCUAGGGGCCAUAGUCUGCUAGAGUCCUUCGAGAGACUGGAGUUGUGCAACACUGGAUCUAUCAGCACCUAUUACAAGCAUGGAAUACUAGACUGAACGUCAGUAAUAGAUAUCACAUUUGCGGGCCCAUCAUUAAAAACUGAUAUGAAUCGAAGAGCGUGUGACGAUUAUACGCACAGCGAUCACCAGGCGUUACGUUACAGCGUAGGAGACCGAAAUCCGGUGGCAGUAAGGCAACUGCCAGUCCAUGAGUGGGGAUGGAAGACCAAAGUUUUGGGUAAUGAAGUGUGCGCCGAAGCUAUUAACAUACUGGAAGCAUCGCAGGUCCAUAACGCUGAGCAGUUGACGAAAAUGAUGGUAGCGGAGUGCGACUUGACCACUCCCAGAAGGAAUACACCGAAGUGGUGGCGCGACGAAGUUGAGGACCUUAGAAAUAGCUGAGCUUUGUACUAGCUGUCUGAAAGCCAAACGAUGAUAUCAACGGACGAGAAACGAAGCCGAUAUAGAAACGAGAGGUGCCGUUUACCGAGCAGCAAGGGUGGCACUUAAGCGAACUAUUAAAACAAGCAAAGAGAUCUGCUACAGAGCGUGAUGCCAGAGCGUAGAUGAUAACCCAUGGGGCCAAGCCUAUAGAGUUGCACUGGCAAGAUUCGGUGGCCCAAGGUCGCCGACCGAAAAGUGUCCGGAAAAACUGAGAGAGAUUGUUGCACAUCUUUUCCCGCAGAAUGGCCCGAUGCAGUGGCCACUUACCCCGUACGACGCGGGUGCCCACGACAUCGAGCCAGUAAAGAACGAGGAACUUGUGGCUAAACCAUUCCGGAUACUUUCAGAGUGGUGCUACAAAAAUGUCUCUACGAGGGAUCUUCUCCCAAUUCAUGGAAAACGGCGAAGUUGGUGCUACGACCGAAACCUGGGAAACCCCAUCGUCAUACAGACCCAUUUGUCUGCUGGACACCCUUGGUAAGCUACUGGAGAGGAUAAUAUUUAACAGACUUAUUAUCAACACAGAAGGCGACAGUGGACUGUCAGACAAACAGUUCGGUUUUCGGAAAAAGAGAUCUACAGUGGACGCCAUCCGAAUGGUGGCAGAGUACGCGAAGCGCGCAUAGAAUAAGAAGUGGACAGGUGUUCGUUACUGCGCCAUUGUGACAAUCGACGUUAAGAAUGCCUUCAACAAUGCCAGCUGGGAAGCGAUUGCCAAGGCACUUCACAGGAUGCGUGUUCCCAAUACCCUCUGCAGGAUAAUAGGAAACUUUUCGAAAAUCGAGUCCUGACGUACGAAACUGAAACUGGGUUACGAUCUACUGCCCUAACAGCGGGUGUUUCACAGGGUUCCAUACUCGGACCUGUGCUUUGGAAUGCCAUGUAUAAUGAGGUUUUAAUGCUGAUCGCCGGCGAAAAAAUCGAGGAGGUAGAAUACCUUGCAACGGUGUCCGUAGAAAGGGUUGACUCUGGAUGGAGGGAGUUAAGCUUCAGAUAGCUCACCAUAAAACCGAAGUUCUGCUCGUGACCAAUAAAAGAGUUGUGCCGCACAUGUAGAUUACUGUUGGAGGCCACACGACGUCUUCGAAACAGCAGCUGAAAUACCUUGGAGUAAUCGUCGACAAUCGCUUAAGUUUUGGUGCGCAUGUCAAAUACUGUUGUGAAAAUGCAUCGAAAGUCAUAGAUUCAUUGGCCUGGAUUAUGCCGAACUGCCGUGGUCCAAAAAGUAGGAAGAGACGUCUCCUUGCGAACGUAGCAUUGUCGAAACUGUGAUAUGGAGGAGCGGCCUUGAGCUCUGCCUUAGAGAUAAAUAAAGGUUAGUAAAGCUCAAGGAUCACCUCUAGUGAUGCUCAAAUGAUUGAAAAAAAGGGACGCAUCGAACAACCCAGAUUUAGUAAAUCAGAAGUAUUUGAAAAAUUUGAACGCUGAAAAUGUUGUGAGUGAAAUGUGUCGGGGAACAGUUAUGGCCGUCGACGAAAUCUCGCAAAUCACGUGCGAUCUAAUACGAAUCAGGAAUGAUGAUGAACAAAGAGAGAGAGAGAGAGAUAGUAAACCAAACUUGAGCAGUUAAAGUUAUAACCCUAAUCUGGACUCUCAUACGUGUGGUGGGACUUAAAAGAUCUCACGUUCUCAGCAACGAUCUUUCCUGCAGCAAAAGGAAGCGGAGAUACCAUUCAGGGUGGUCGUGACAGGAUUCCAGCUUGGUAGUUUCUCAAUCGGCCAUGCCUUGGUGGUUAGAAAUCCCGCGGGAGUGGAUGCUCUGACCAGCGCGAGUUACUAAGCAUUACCUAAUCGGCUCACGUCUCGGAUUCUUCUGUAUCAGUCGUAAGUUUGCGAAAGAGGAAAAGGAGUAAGCAAUAUCAUUUCCUCUGGCUCGAAUUUCCACUGGUCUUUCCUACAACGGAAAUUUCCAGAGAUGUGGGAAACUUCGUUUAUGUUUCCGAUUUUCAAAACUGGCGAACGUCGUAACGUGAAACAAUACCGUGGAAUUACAAGCCUGUCUGCUGGAUCAAAACUGUCCGAAAUUGUAGUUAGUCAAGCCUUUCUAGUUGGCUGUAGUCAUUUUUAACUGACAAGUGCAUAAGGAUUAAGAUUGAUGAUAGCAUCCCUAUUACGUAACAAACCGUUCCGGCAUCGCUAAAGGCAAUUUUUGACCUUUGUUGUUUUCUUUGCUUUGAUUGGCAAGCGGAAGAAUGAAUUGCUCAAAUCCAGGACAGUAACAACUUUUUGGUCUUUGAAUCUUCUAUUGCUCUCAUCGGGAAACAUUCUUUCAAGAUCUUUUUAUUCAACUGUCUGUAUUCCACACACACUCUCAUUGAUCCAUUUUUCUUCUGAGCCAAUAUCACUGGACUCGCAUAUUCACCUAAAUGAAUAACUACUCCGCUUUAAGGUUCCAUUAUUCAACCACUCCUCGAGAGUCUUUUGCAAGAUCUGGAUGAUCUCGGAUGUUCUGAAUGUUUGUAAUCGAUGGAUUUUGGAUUUUUCAUUCACAAAAUCAAGAUUAAACUAAUUGGUGUUAAAAUUUCAUAAUAAUGUAUCAACCGAAAGAAACUAGUAGCAUGUGACAGUUGGAAGAAACUUCGCUGCUUCACGCAAGUUCAAUCUUUUUUUAAAGCUUCUGUAAAUGUAUUUAUCAGACACUUAUUAAACACUCAAAGCAAAGUCAAAUAUGGUUGCCUCGGAGCCACUGGUGUAUAAGUGCAAAAAUGAUCGAUUUUGAAAUUAUUAAUGCUAAACGAUUCUUCAUAUUUCAGACUAUAUUUUGUGAUUUUCUCAAAUUUUUUAACUUUAUUUUCAUACGUUGACGUUUGAGGGAAAAAUAUGGAUUCCGUGAAAUAUUUGGAAAAUGGCCAUACACAAAAACUUAAAAGCGCAUUUUUUUAAAUAAGCUUCUACGCACGCAUACCCUUUUGGCUCGAAGGGCAUCAUAUCCAAUGUUAAAUGGACCCCAUGAGGCAAAGUGUUGUUUUAAGACAAAAUUAACAGAAUUCAAAUAAUUCAGGAAGCGAUAUUUAUAGUAAAAAAUUGGGGAAUAUUGUGUAUCUUACCAACUUGAAAACGAACCCAAUUUACAGCAAUAUUGUUUUAUAUACGUGGAAUUAGUAUUUUUGUCAAUAACUAGGCUUUGUUUGAUUUUCAGACGAAAAAAUGCAAUUUUUAAGAUAAAAUUAUUGAGUGAGAUGUCAAUUACAAUUCUACGAGGCAAUGGAAUAAACCAACCUUCAUUUUAAGUUAACUUUAGAGUUAGAUGCGACAGUUAAUUGAGUGAAAAAAUCUCGAGCUGUCUUUAAAAAAUAUGUUUAAAGUAUAAUCAAUAUCCCAUCAGUAAAUUUGAAAUAUUUUUCGAGACUUCGAGCUUUCAACACUAGAUCAUUUUGAGUUUAAUAAAAAACAUGUUUUUAUUGUGUCAAAUGAGGUCUUCAAUGCAAAAUGAGUGCAUAAUUAUUUAAAUUUGAGCGAAUUAUACUUGAAAUUCUUUCCUGCACUUAUGCCACAUUGGCUCUGAGGGCCUCUAAUUAUCGCCAGCAAUUCAAGCUUGGCUCUUUUCAAACCAGAAAUCAUAGAUCAAGACACUUCAGCGCCAGGAAAAAGUUUUGAACGAUUUCAUUUGCCACAGUUCGUGGGCAGGUCCUUGCAAAUUUUAAACUCAUCACCAUUGACGCCGUCAUGAAAGUCAGCAGAAUCAUCAUCAUCAUCUCCGUCAUUUUCCUGUGCGAACAAAUUACCAUUCAGAUGUCGGCAAAGCGAGCAAUUACAUAUAUGAAUAUCAGUUGUGGUCUAACGAGAAAUAAGUGGUAGUUUUUGGAUGUUAACAAGUCGGAAGUAAAAGUAGGAGUAGCAGUAGUUUGUAGUAGUGAAAGUAGUAAGCAGUACUCAUAAAUUCCUUGCAUUCGCGCAGAACCAGAACAAAAGUACUUACGAACAAAAAACCACUACAGAGAAAAAUUAAUAGAAAAAUAAAACUAGCAUUUUAACCAGACAAAUUGUGAUAGUUAAGCGUUAGUUGGAUGAACAGAACAGAAGUCAGAAUCGGGCGGAAUCGGAUAAGUACAUUCACACACACUCACAGAAAGAGCAAAUUGUGACAUUGUAUCUCCUCUCUGUCUACCUUUCGAAUGUUUCAAAAAGUCGUGUAGUUAAUGAAUAGCGCACAAAAUGCUAUCCAGU